ACGAUUAUAUGUUGAUAACACACAACAGGUGGUCGAGAACUCAAAGUAGAGACUUUAAUUGUCUAAAUUGCAAUACCUCAACAUGAGGAAAAUAAUCCAGGCCGAUUGCUUUGCGAUAUACUCAAACUUAAUUGCAGAUAAAUGUGGUAUGGUGCGGUAUGUUAUAUGUUCAUCUGAUUAAUUGGUACGUAGAAAUGCAUGAGAAAAUUAAUUAUUUCAUAGCUUAUCUUGGCAGAAAAAACUGAAGCAAGAUGUCGUGAUAUAUAAUUAUAGCUGAACCAAAGUUUCAACAAAACGUGGUAUAAUCACUGGUCUGAAAAGCAACCUAAAAAGAGAAAAGGAGAAUGGAUACGGACAAUGCCCUAGUUAUUGGUGACAUUCCGACAACGAUUUCGACAUCCACCUCGCUCUCGCAUCCCGCAGAAGGUCAAAACUUCAACUCCACGACCCCCGAUGUCGAUCUCCCUUUCAUCGAGCUCUUCGACAUCUACUUCUUUCUACCCAUCGCCGUAAUCGGAAUACCAUGCAACGUAAUCGUUAUCGGGUUCAUUGCCUUCGUUCCUUCCCUACGGACCGUCAUCAACCAACUCAAAGCCAAUCUUGCCCUGGCCGACGUUAUCUACCUCACCGUCAACCCACUCAUCAACGCUCUGGUGGUCAAUGACCUCAGCUGGUGGCAAUGCCAGAUUAUCAGUUACAUGCAGUAUAUUGCCCAACAAGCGACCUGCUGUCUGCUUCUUGUGAUGACGAUAAUAAGGUAUGACGCCACAAUACACCCACUGACGUCAGAGGCAAGGUGUACAGGGGCCCGAAGGAUAGUUGCAAUCGUAGUGGCCUGGACGGUGUCAAUCGUACUGAUGAUACCCAGCGUAUUCUUCACCGAGUGUGAUGAGAGUGUCUCCGUUGGCCACAUCAUCACCUACAGCUACGUCACGAUGGUCAUCUUCGUUAUCCCGAUGUUCGUCCAUGCCUAUUGCCACGUCCGCAUUCUACGGGACUUCUCCCGCAGCGACCGGGAGCGCAAGAAAAGCGAAGGCAGCAUCCGACGAGCAAAUCGUCAAGGCCCUGGCCAGCGACAUCGCGACAAACGAUCCCUGACACGACAGGUUGUCGUCAUCGUUCUCGUCUUCUUCGUCUGCCGCGCUCCGCUCGAGGUCUUUCUCCUCUGGAAGGUCAACAUGAUGUACAGACUCGGGGAAGCGUUCGUCCUCGGGCGGACUGCGUCAAUCGUGCAUCUCGCGUGCAAAACUUUGGCGUACUUCACAGGCGUCAUCAAUCCAUUCUUGUACGCCUUCUGCAGUCCGAGUUUUAAGUCAGUCUUCCGGGAGAUGAUUCCUAAAACGUGGAGGAGGGACAGCGCUGAUUCCUCAACGCACAUCCUACCAAGGCGUGAGAGCAGGAACCGCAGGAAUUCAUAUACGUAUGAACAAGAUUCACGGAGGCAGAGCCAGUACGCGAAUGAGCGUUGAGAUGCCCCUUUUCUGCUCAACAUUUGGUUGACAGCCAUGUCGUUACAUUUGAAAGAACGAAACCAAACAGUAAAAUAAAUAUAGGCAAAAACGAUCUAAGGUGAGGAUGAUACUGGAUGAGGAGAAAUAAAAGACAAAACCAGAAGAAAAUGAAACUUAGAAACUGAACAAAAAAGAAAGGGUAAUAUAAAAGGGGGAAAUUGAGAGAAUGAGAGGGAGGGGGAAGAAAUCAAAGAAAUUAUGAAGAAAGAAUAACCAAGAAGAUGUAGACGAGCUUCGAGCUAUCCAUUAGUCACUAUAUUUCAUUUGUGUAAUACUACCUCAAAUAUAUGUUGGUUCUGUUGUACAUGUAGUUUUACAUUUAUAUGUUGAUGACUGAAGCUCAUUUAUGCUGCAGCCAGACUCCCAUUUCUUUAUUGUAAAUAGAACUGCAAGUAGGCCUACCUGUAUAUUUUUGGGAUAUUAGAAACAAUGCGACUCUGAUUAGGAGUCUCAAAUGAAGCCCUAUUGCAAGUAAAUGGAUUGUAUCAAAAUGAUCCUGAAAAAUCAAAACCUCAUUAAAGGACAAUUCCACCCCAACAAAACGUUCAUUUGAAUAAAAAGAGUAAAAUCCAACAAGCAUAACAUUGAAAAUUUCAUCAAAUUCGGAUGUAAAAUAAGAAACUUAAAUGACAUUUUAAAUUUUGCUUCUUUUUCACAAAAUAAUUAUAUGCACAAUUCAGUGACAUGCAAAUGAGAGAGUCGAUGAUGUCCUUCACUCACUAUUUCUUUUGUUUUUUGUUUGAAUUAUACAAUAUUUCAAAUUUUACUACUUUUUCAUUAAGGACUAACUUGACAACCAUAAAAUGUUCAAACAAUGGUAAUUCUUCAUCUUCAUAAAGAAAUAAAACUUUCUUUUGCAUGACAAUGAGGGGAAAAUUGAAAUAUUUCAUUUUUCAUAUAAUAAAAUACAAAAGAAAUAGUGAGUGGAUGACAUCAUCACUCCCCUCAUUUGCAUACAGACCAAGAUGUGCAUAUAACUGUUUUGUGAAAUUAAGCGAAAUUUAAAAAUGUCAUACAUGUAACUUUCUUAUUUUACAUCUGAUUUUAAUGAAAUUUUCAGUGUUAUGCUUGUUUGAUUUUUCUCUUUUUAUUCAAAUCAACUUUUUGUUGGGGUGAACUUGUCCUUUAAUGUUGUCUUGAAAUUGAAAAUAAAUUUUAAAAAAAUGUUUAUUUUUCUUACAUUCUCAUUAAUAACUUGUAAUGGAAAACAAGAUAUUGAUGGAAUAUAGAAUAAAACCUUGUUUAAGACGACUACACUGUUUGUUUCAAUUAAAUAAACUGUCAAAUACUCCAAACA